AUGGCUGCUUUCACUCUCACCUUCGCUCCCACCACCCGCUCUUUCGGCCGCAGCGGUUACAACAAGGACGGCGACGACUCUGACUCCAAGCCUACAAACGGCCGUGGCCGAUCUGGUUACAACGAGCCUGAGGAGGGUGACUCUGGCCGUUCUGGCUACAACGGCCCUGACGACGAUGACAACGCUCAGGGCAACAAGGGCCGCUCUGGUUACAACGGUCCCAGUGACGAUGACGAGUAG